GUGUUUUUACAAAUCUAUCUUAAGGAAAUAUCUACCAAAUAAUUAAUUCCAAUCAUCCAAUAUAACUUAUGUUGAACGCACAUAGCUUUUUUAUGUGAUCCUUUAUAAAUGACUUGUUUUUGUUCGAUGAUAUUUAAUGAAUGUCUCGAUCCUUUAAAAUAUAUGGAGCAUCCUUGUUAACCUGAAUAGUUUCACAUGUAGUACUGAUGUAUCUUUAAAUUAUAACCAGCCUGUAUUUUUACACAUUACAUAUAUUCAUUAUUUUAACAAAGAAUUUAAAUUAAUGAAUAUUGAAUGCCAUUAUUCAUCAGACGAAAAGUAAGUGUAAUUUUUUUCGAAGAUGGUUGUGCGAGUUCAUGAUAACCACUACAGUAAAUAAAUGUUUCACACAUCUACACACAUAUAUAUUCUCAAAGAUAUGACUAAUUUGCGUUAAACGAUACCAGUUACGUGAUGUAUUGUAGACAAUAUAGUUUAAAUGUGUACGCUACUAUACAUUUUUGCAAUAGCUGCGAUAAACAUGUGAUUUAUGUGUAUAGCACUUUGAGUCGAUAGAUUUCAUUAUUACUAGUUGAAUGUCCACACCUUGGUGUUAUGAUCUUGAUCGUUACCGUAUAUUUUGCAUAGGGGCUUAUUAUAACAAAGGCAAAUAACGGUAAACUGUUUAUACGCAGCGUGCGAAAAGAAAGUGAAGAUGGCUUCAAAUGUGCAGCAGCUAAAGCGAGCGUUCGCAGCUAUCGGUGUGCCGGACAAUUUAGUUGAAGUGUUUCCAGAUAUUGAGACUGUUUUUUCGCUGUGCGCUGAAAAACUUCUCGAUCGCAUUUCGUCCGUUGAAGAAUCAACUGACUGUGCAGAAAAAAUCUUUAGAAGGCUGUAUGAGUGGCGCAACCAGGAGCUUGUAAGAACCGUUCUCAUCGAAUUGGAGCUACCCUACUCUUUUCUGGAAAUUUGGAGCGAUUACUCCCUUACCGUUGAAGAUUUACAGUCCAUAUCAUUCGACGAGCUUAAGCUGGUGCUUGGUUGCACGGACAAUAACUGGGACGCUGAGGAAAUAUAUACAAGGUUAAUGAAAUGGAGAAGUGACAAGAAUUUGGACUUGAUAGAUUUCGAGGGCAUUGUAAUCAUCGAGCGUAGUGAUAAAACCGAAGUUGAAGGUGAAAAAACGGAAGGCUUGAGCGGUAGCACCAACAAAAACCAAAGUGAUCUUGAUCGCAAUAUUGCCGAUUAUUUGAAACCGAUUCGUUUGUUGGAAAACGAACUAACAGACCAGACAAAAUCUGAACAACGCUCGUCAACUGCUAAUUUUGUUGAAAUACUUCAAGAACUGGAUGGUUCUGACGCGUGUUUCUUGGACAAGGAUCAACCUUUGGAUCGGACUUCGAUAUCAAGUGAUUCCGCAAACAGAGUUAUAACUGGUACGGCGGUGAAAAAUCACUACCCGCGCGGGUUGGGUACUGGUCAAACAUUUAAGCGUCAUGAAGACCCUUUUCAAUUCGAAUUUUCACCAGAUUAUUUAACAACACUUUUGGACCGUACACUAACUGGACAAAAGAUUCUCCAAAGAGCGAAACUUGCACCACUAUCAGAAGCAAGUCAAAAUGAACUAAGCGCUGUUAUAGCCGAACAUCACUUGAACGCGGGUCGCGUGACAACUGAACACUCUCUCAAUGUGUAUGCCGAGGCGAUAAUCUGCCUAUUGAUUCACGAAAAGAAGGAGGACUAUUUUGUGCCCCGUAAAGGAGAUAAGAAAAAUCCUAGCGGAAAAUUAUACAACAAAAUAACAAACCUUAAACAAAAAAGGCGUAAACGAGAGAAAACGGAGGAUGAGUUCCUCGCGAAGCGCGUAAGAGGCCUUCAAUCUGAUGCAUCCGUUGAAUCUCAAGACACAGCCGACGCAAAUAACUGGCUAUAUCUCAACAAAAAACCGUGGAAUAUUGUCCUUCAGAAGUGGCGAGACACAUUUGGAACACGGAAGGCAUUGUUGUGCAACUCGAAACAUGAAGCUGAUUUAUUCCAAAAGUAUCCACAUUAUAAAGAAGCCUUUGGAUAUCAACUGGUGGAUAUUGAUUUUCAUAUGCUUCAUGGAGGGAACACUGAUGGUCUUAAGAAAUUAGAAAACGCCAUUCCAAAAAUUAUUCGAGUUCUGAACAGAUCAUACACCGAUGAGUACUCCAAAGAGUUGCUUGCGUACUUGCAAACACCGGAUAUCAGUAAAGAUGCUGAAAUUACGAUUAUUCUGAUUCUACUGAACAACGUACUAAAACCAACUAAAGUGACUCUCCAUUACAAACCUUCGAUCCUCGUAGCACAGGAGGAGAUAAUCAUUUUCGCUACUACUGAUGAUGAAGCCGCCUCGAAAUUGGCUAGUUUUUAUGGAAUGUACGAAAAUUUAGGAUUCACUAUAAUCCCGAAAUUAAUUUUCCGAGGAGAAAAUCACAAAUCUCUAUCUGGAUCGUUCGAGUUGCAUUAUAAAUCCGUGGUAUAUUCUUUGGAUUCUGCGUUGAGAGCUGUGGACUUGCUAGUCAAAUUUGUUACAAUUUUUGGACUGAGGCAUUCAAAAAUUUCCCGAAUGGUUUGGCAAUUUCUCCGCUCGACGUAUUACGAAAUACCUGGUGAAGCUGAAUAUGCUUCAAUAAUUCGGUUACAACGAACUAUCAAUGAGCAAGGCGAGAAUUGAAUUGUAAAACUCUAGAAUGAGCACGUUUUACUGUUUUGUUAAGGGCUGCAACCAAUCGUUUCUUGACGUUGCUAAUUACCUAAACCAUUUACAACAUAUACAUAACCCACCUCAAGAUUUUAGAUUUCCAUGCACAUUUCCAUCCUGCCACCAAGUACUUUCCAAGUUUUAUAUAUAUAAAAGACAUUUGAAACAGCAUUCUACAAAUUACACUACUACUGAGUCAAAAAUAACCAACGAUGAACAUGACACGAGAUAUUCGCCUGAAAAAGAAAUAGACGAAAAUGAGGGAAGAGUAAAAGUCGCACGACUAGAUUCGAGCAAUUAUUUGCGUAUAGAUGAUAUGACAAAAUCGGUAAAAAUAUGUACAUCGGAAGUCGAUCGGGAUGCUUUAAAUUUAACGUUGAAGCUACACAGCCGGCCUAAUUUAACAAGAGCGGACGUCGGUAGAGUACAGCAGCUAACGACAGAACUAUAUUCUAACAUAGCAUAUAAGAUCGAACAGUUACCCAUAAAAGUGUCCGACCCGCAGGUUUCAUUUGAUUUUAAACGUUAUUUAAACAGGCUGAAAACUACGUUUGAUUUUAUCAAUACGGACUACAAAUUUUUUAAAUAUAUUGAAAAGAUUAAUAUUUUCCGCCAACCUUCCGUUAUAACAGUAGAGCAAAACCAAAUAUUAGUAAACAAAUGUUUCGAUUCAAAUAUAGAUAAUGGGAAAAACUAUCUGGUAAUGAUGCCAAUCGAAUUUCAAAUCAGAAAUUUUUUUGAAAAUGAUAUUUUAAUUCAAGUAAUCGAUCAUCUCAAGAUUUUGGAAAAUUCUCAUUCCACAAACAGUUUUAUAAGCGGCAAGUUAUACAACGAAAUGAAGCAAAAGUACAGUAAUGAUCUUGUUAUUCCAAUAACUAUGUAUGCAGAUGAGUUCGAGAUAAAUGACACACAGAGCUCUCACAACAAAAGACAUGCCAUAUUAGGUAUAUAUUACUCUUUUCCAUGCUUGCCAGAUAUGUAUGCUUCCAAACUUUGUAAUAUUUUCGUAGCAGCAUUAGUAAGAAAAAAUACCGUUAAAGAAGUUGGGUUGAACUUGCUUUUUCAAUACUUGGUCGACAGAUUUAAAGAAUUAGAAGAACACGUUAUGCUUUUUAAUAUCAACGGAAAAGUGACAAAAGUUCGAUUUGUACUUUCUAUGUUCCAAGGUGAUAACUUGGGUGUACACACGACUUUGCAAUUCCAAUGCUUCAAUUCUAACUACUAUUGUCGCUUUUGCAAAAGAUCCAAAGACUCAAUGCAAUAUGAUUACGAAGAACAUGUAAGCUACGCGAGGAACAUUGAAAAUUAUAAUGAAGAUGUAAAGUUGAGGGAUCCAUCUCAAACUGGUAUAAAAAAUGAUUCUGUUUUUAAUAAACUUCCAUCGUUUCACGUUGUCAAGAACGUAUCCGUCGAUGCUAUGCAUGAUGUUUUUAGUGGAGGCAUUGCUAGCUAUGGAAUAACUAAUGUCUUGAAUCACUGUGUUUACCAGAUGCAAUGGAUCACUUUGAAACAAUUGAACACUGUCAAAUCUGAUUUUGCAAGAUAUAUACAAGAUCCAUGUUUGAGCAGAAUGCCAGAUGUUACGGAAGUAUAUUUAAGUCACGAAAAACGCAAAUCAGUUUGUAUUAAGGCAACUGCGAGCGAAUUGAAAUGUUUUACACAUUAUUUUACACUAAUAUUUGGUAGUUAUUUUCCUGAAAAUGAUGCUAUAUGGAAUUAUUGUAAAACACUCGUUAGAUUAACUGAUAAAAUCCUGAGCCCUUCGUUCAAUUCGAAUGAUAUAAACGAGAUUAAAUAUUUAGCCUCAGAAAACAAUCGGUUAUUUGUAUCCAAUUUCCAACAGAAACUCAAGCCUAAGCAUCAUUUUACAUUACACUACGGAACAGUCAUAGAACAAAGCGGUCCAUUAUGUAAAAUGAUGUGUUUCAGAUUCGAGGCAAAACAUAAGCAGUUCAAAGAAUAUUCACACGUAAUAACUUCACGAAAAAAUAUAUGUUACACUCUAGGAUUAAAAGCCAGUUUAGAUUUUUCUCAUAACCUUUACAACAAAUUAUUUUUCUGCGCAGAUCUCGAAGGAAAUUUCAAACUUUUCAAUCUCGAAGAUCAAAUAUACUUUAAAAAGUUACCAAUUCCGUAUCCAUUUCCUAUUAAUGCCAGUAUUCUUGAAUCUGAAUGGAUCAAUUAUAGAGGUACCUUAUACCAAAAAAACUCCUUCCUUACAAUCACUGAAAUACUUACCAUACAUUUAUAUCAGAUUAGAAGCUUUCUUAAUGUAAAUACUGAAGUGUUUGUAGUAUGCGAAAUAUGGAAGGUAGGUAGAUUUUCCGAACACUUAUUAGCUUACGAGGCUGUGACUAAAACAGACGAUUAUAAAAUUAUUAGCAUUCACAGAUUUGAUGGACCUCCCACAAAAUUGCAGCAUUUAAAUGGGAGCUACUAUUUUAGGAAAAAGGUAGAUUUUAGUACCACAUACUUGUAAAACGCGGAUAGUACAUAAUUAAGUUAUAUAAAUAUAGAAAAAAUGUUAAAAUCAAA